AGACAGAGAAAACGACAUGUGUGGGGAAGAAACCCCUCAGGAGUUUCUUCAAGGUUGCAGUCAGGCACAGUAAGGACUAAAGUGUCAAGAAAAGAAAGACAAAGAUAAAACUUCGUAUUGUCUUAAUAUGUCUGAGUAUAAAGUAGGAUUUUGCAGAAAUCUUUUGGAAUUACACAUGCUCCUUCUGUCCUGGAUAUGACUGAAUACAAGCCUGUUCUCCUCUAACAAUAGUUCAAAAAACUCAAGAUUAUGUUUCUCUUCCUUGUUGCCUUUUUGCCGGUAUUUUUUAAAAUUGGUUUUGUCAGCCUUUCAGCUCUGCAGCACUGGAACUGUCCUAAUGGAUACAGACGGGAGACUGAAAACUCCACUUGUAUAGAUAUUGAUGAAUGUCUUGAAGGAGGUUUGGGAACUUGUGGCCAAAGCUGUGUCAAUGUUCCAGGGUCCUAUWUCUGCUCCUGUUUGCCUGGCUAUACCUUGGAUACAGACAAAUGGUCUUGCUAUGUGAAAGACCCUGCACCUUUCUUACUUUUCAGCCGUGAAAAUGCCAUCUUCAGAAUUGACACAGAAGGGACAAAUCAUGAAAGGCUGGUUGCUGAUACUGGUCAGUCCACACUUGUAGACUUCCAUUAUGCAGAAGAGAAAGUGUAUUGGGUUGACUCUGAAAGGCGUCUUCUGCAAAGGAUUCACCUGAAUGGCACGAAACAAGAGAGACUGUGUUACAUAGAUAAAGGUGUUUCAGCAUUUGCUAUUGACUGGAUACAUCAAGAUAUUCUUUGGGCCAAUAAACAGAAAGCAAUCAUUGAAGUGACGGACACAAAUGGGAAAAAACGCCGUGUUCUUCUACGAGAUGCUGGUCGUCCAACAAGGAUAGCCAUKGAUGCUGAGCAAAGGGUAUUAUUUUGGUCUUCAGAUGAUAGUGUUUCCAGCAUAUACCGAGUAUCCCUUGAUGGAAAUGGCAAGAGAAAUAUUUUAAGAACCACAGGAAAAAUAAAUGCCAUCUCUCUGGAUUUGAUUGACCUAAGGCUCUACUGGAUACAACAUGACCAUGAGAAAGAAAUUUCCCAUAUUGGAUCAUGUGAUUAUGAUGGUGGGGCUGUUCGCUUGCUCAAGAACUCUUUUCGACAUCAAUUACUUGGUAUGUCUGUCUUUGCUGACCACUUGUACUACUCAAAGGCGAACUCUGGUAUGAUAUGGAGAGCCAACAAGUAUACUGGAAAAGUUGUAGUCACAAUUAGCCUGAAACGAUCAUUUUUUCCACCAGUGGAGAUAAAAGUGGUGCAUCCAUUCAAACAGCCAGGUGCAAGAGAAGAUUCUCAGGAUUUUGAAAAAGUAUCCUGUGAUCUGAACAAAGAAAAGUGCAGAAGGAGAAUCUGCAGGCCAGACUCCAGGACUCAUCGAUGUAAAUGUCCUAGUGGCUUUAUUUUGAGUCGAAAUAGACAGUUUUGUGAAGAUAUCAACGAAUGUGGCUUUUGGAAUCAUGGCUGCACUUUGGGWUGUGUGAACAUCCCUGGUUCCUAUUACUGCACCUGCCCGAGAGGUUUUGUUUUGCUGCCUGAUAGGAAAACAUGUCACGAGCUAAUUUCCUGUGUAAGUAACGUCACUGAAUGUAGCCAUGGUUGCCUUCAGACAUCCAAAGGGCCUGUUUGCUUUUGUCCUGAAGGAUCUAUACUCAAAGGGGAUGGCAAAACAUGCACAGGUUGUACAUCUCCAGAUAAUGGUGGCUGCAGUCAGAUAUGUUCUUCGCUAAGCCCAUCCUCCUGGGAGUGUGCUUGUUUCCCUGGAUAUAAGCUUCAGCAGGACAGGAAGCACUGCACUGCUAUAGGACCUAAGCCAUUUUUGUUAUUUGCAAAUGGCCAAGAUAUACGCCGAAUCAGUUUUGAUGGAACAGAUUAUGCAAGUUUACUUGACUGGCAGAUGGGAAUAGUCUUAGCACUGGACUCUGACCCGGUUGAAAAUAAGGUGUACUUUGCCCACACUGCCUUGAAAUGGAUUGAACGAGCUAAUCUGGAUGGCUCAAAUCGUGAAAAAGUUAUUCAUGAAGCUAUAGAUACACCUGAAGGGCUUGCUGUGGACUGGAUUAAUCGUAAAUUGUAUUGGACAGACAGAGGGAAGGCGUGCAUCGAAAGGAGCGAUUUGGACGGAAUGCGAAGAAAAAUGAUCAUCUGGGAGGAUGUCUCCCAGCCCCGAGGGAUUGUCAUUCACCCAUUUGCUAAGAGAUUGUUCUGGACUGACAUGGGCAUCAAUCCCCGAAUUGACAGCUCUUCAAUAGAAGGUGUUGGCCGUCAGGUUAUAGCCAGCACUGGUCUGGUGUGGCCCAGUGGAAUAGCUCUCGACUACUUAGCUGACAAGUUAUACUGGUGCGAUGCAAAACAGGCGGUUGUUGAGAGCGCAAAUCUGGAUGGUUCUGACCGUCGAGUUCUUGCACAGAAUGAUGUAGGUCGUCCCUUCCAUGUAGCAGUUUUUGAAGAUUAUAUUUGGUUUUCUGACUGGGCCAAGCCAUCACUAAUGAGGGUGGAUAAGAAGACAGGCCAAAAUAGGGUACGUCUUCGAGGCAGCAUGCUGAGACCCUCAUCAGUGGUUGUAGUUCAUCCUCUGGCGAAACCAGGGACAAAUCCUUGCCUCCAUGAGAAUGGAGGCUGUGAUCAGAUCUGUGAAAAUAGCUUUGGAGUUGCUAGCUGUUUGUGCCAUCGAGGAUUUGGAAAAGCUCAAGAUGGAAAAACCUGUCAUGCACUGAAUGCUUCUAACAAAAUAGCAGGCAGAGUCUUUGUGCAUAAGGAGGCAGUGCCAACACUUGAGACUUUGCUCCAGAGCACACAACAUGGUGGAAUACUGAAGGAUACUGAAAGUGGGGAAAAACAGCAAAUUAAUAUUUUGUUGAUGGCUGAAAUCAUGACAUCAGAUCAAGAURACUGCUCUGCACUAGAAUGUGAUGUCAAUGCACAGUGUGUUUUGCUGGAAGAUGGAGCCAUGUGCCAAUGUUUGAAAGGGUUUACCAGGAGGGGCAAAUUCUGCUAUGAUGUCGACGAAUGUGCUGUAAAUAUGGACCGCUGUAAUCGAAAUGUGUCAGGCUGUAUCAAUACUGAAGGGGGCUAUGUCUGCAAGUGUCUGGAGGGCUACACUGGAGAUGGACUCCACUGCCACGAUAUUGAUGAGUGCAAGAUGGGGCCCAACAUCUGUGGAGAGAACAAAACCUGUAUAAAUACAGAAGGAAGCUACAGCUGCUCUUGCACUGAUGAUACUUCUGGAACUGGUAUCAGUUGUGAGUCUACUGCAUCUCCUACUACUGGCAACAAUGAAGACUCUACAUACCCUGUGCAAGGUGAUUUUGUAGGUUGCCCAGCUUCAUAUGACUCAUACUGCCUUCAUGGUGGAGUGUGCAAUUACGUUUCUGAUCUACAAGACUAUGCCUGCAACUGCGCGACAGGCUACGUAGGGGAGCGCUGUCAGUUCAGCGAUUUGGAGUGGUGGGAGCAGCAGAAUGCCGAGCAAGUGAAGAUACGGAACAUAACCAUCGCCGUCUGCGUGGCAGCUGUGCUCUUGCUGCUCCUGCUGGGAUCMCUCACUGCCUACUGCUACAGAAGUAAAAACUUUAGUAAGAAGAAUCUCUAUGCAGAAGCGAUAAGAGAUGGCAGCAGCCGUGCUGACAAAGAGAACGUGACACCCACUUGCAACAAGCCUCGGUUUGCAGUUGUCAAGGAAUGUAACAGCUCUCUGGAGACUAAAGCGGUUGAUCUAUCUGAGUUUCAAAUUGCAGAUGUUCAUCCUGUUUGUUCUUCACAAUAUGCAGAAGAACAGCACAUAACAUAUGAUGGAGCUUUGGCAGAGACUUUGGCAGAAGGGGAAAGAGAACAAGGCUGCCAACAAGAGGUUCCUGGURGUAAGAAAUCACUUCAGCCCAGGGUGGCUGAGAAGAACCCUCACGAGGAUCCCUGGAGUGUCCGUUCUAACCACCUCCUGGAAAGGGGGUCAUGUGAACUUGUCCCAGCCAGUCUGCUGAUGCAACCAGACUAGCAAUAGUCUGGAUUGAGUUGAAAAAAAAGCAGGAUGAAAUCAGUAGAGAAUGGGAACUUGUGAACCACUGAAACAAUCUDUAUUUUUUUCUUCAAGCUAUACAUUAGGGGAAAAAAAAAAAGAACACAAAUGAAAACAGAACAAAGAAAUCCUUGACACUCUUUCCCUGCUAUCUCUGCUUGGAAAGAAUCACUGUGAUCAGUGUAUUAGCAAUAAAUACUCUCUAGUUAUCACUUUAAAAGUUAACACUGCUAAGUUCAUUAACUGGCAGCUAAAGGACUUUAAGUGAAACAGACUGAUGGGUGAUUUGUUAGAGACAAAUACUUUCUAAAUCAGUGGUGGUCUUUACACAUUAUGCACACACAAUCCAGAAAMUGGACAACAAGGACAACUGCAGACAAAUUGGGAUCAAAGAGGACACAGGAAAAUGAGCUGAAAUGAUUCCCUUUAUUAAAAUUCUGUUCAUGGACACUACAAGCCCCUCUCCAGCACUUCUGCUGUAUUAGGGACACUUCUUGAACUUUGCCAGUUUUACUCUUGUAUCUGCUCCUGUAAGAAAGUUCUAAAUUUCUCAGUUUUACUGGAAUGUAGGAUUGUUUGUGAGUGUAUGRUAUUGAUGAUGGUUACAUCUAUGAACUGAGAUGUAACAUCUGAGGGAAAGAUGAKCCUUCCAUUAAUUUUUCCAAUGUAGAGUUAUAAGAUUCUUUCAGAUCAUUGUGUGAUUACUUCUGAAUUGAGGCAAUAAGCAAGAGUUUGCAUUCAACCCUGCUAAUAAACACAAACAAACAAAAACCUCUCAUUUUCAAAUGACUUCCACCAAGAAAAAAAGGUUCAUGCUGCCCCAUAAAAUCUAUGAGAUCAAUUGGAAAAUAAACAUCAGUUUUUCUUGUAGCUGAACAUCUAACACCAAUGACGCCCCUGUAUUUACUUACUAAGAACUAACAUGUUUAUUUUAUAGCUCUGUUGUACAGAGUUGUAGGUUACUUGUUUAUCAUCUCAAGUCGUUUCACCACUGGUCUUGAAUUUCUGAGGCUGUUUUCAAAAUGUUUGAAAAAUAAUUACAAAUCAACUGUAUUACAAAUAUUGUUUUCAUUGUAGAGCAUCGGUCAGUCCUCUGUUUUUGAAGUCUACUAUUGUAAUUCUGCUACAUUACCUAUCACUUGCAAUUCAUUUGCUGGAUAAUAGUGACUGUCAUAUGCUUACCAACUCYGUAGGCUGAUAAUGGAAGACAGUACUGAAUGGCUCUGAUCUCUUGCCCAAACACAGAUUUACACACUUSAGUAGCUUUUACAGAGUUACUUCCGAUUUCUGAUAGUGUAAACAUGAGCAUUUAGCCCUGUGUAUCUGAAUUAUGCCCUAAGUGUCUAAAUUAUGACAAUUAUAAUGUUCUGAUGUGCAGAAAGUUAUCGCUUGUUUUUCUUCUCAAGUGAUUUCUGCUGGUGGUUUAGAAUUGCUGAGCCUGUUUUCUAAUUGCAUCAGUUCUGAUUUCAAAAUAACAUUGUAAGAUAGACAUUUCCAAAAGGUUAGCUGAAAAYAUGAACAAUGAAGAUGCAGUUUUUGUAUGAAUGGGAAAAACAAAGCUUCUGUUGCAAGUGAAGUGGUUGGGGAACGUUGGCAUACUGAAUUGUGUCCAGGAAAGGACCACUGUUGGGUUGAGCCACUAGAUUGCAUUUUAAGGUCAAUAUAGUUCAUUUUCAUUAACACUGCUAAAAACUUCUCGGUUUGGUUCCCUAAUCUUUCGCAGUUCAUUAGUGAUUUUGUAUAGGUUAAUAAAAGGAGAGUCUAGCUAGGAAGGCCCUGAUUUCAGUAAAGCAUUUGGAUUCCAUGAGAGUUAGAAAAAUUAUGUUGAUCCCUGCACUUUGAUUAYUGCUGUUGAAAUAUGUUUGUGUGCUCAAAAUCCAAGUGCUGUGUUGGGUGAUGGUCAACUCUGAAGUUUCUGAUCAAAGCAAAUACAGGUUUGUAAUUUUGAAUCUCGUUUAAACAAAGA